AAUUGUAAAAACUAUUCUCUAAUAUAUAUUUAGAAUGAAAUUAUUUGGAAUUUGAACCCAUAUGAAUUGUUCAAAACUUUAUUUGUGAUAACCAGAGUUACUCUAAUUUCCUUUCGGCGCACAUAACACACAUUACACCGGAUAAGCUUACAGAUGCUCCACUAGACAUUUGUUUGCAUGGAAACGGCGGAAAAUGAUCGAAUAUCCUGUUAAGGAUGUUUAAGAGGCAAAGCAAUUUGUCCAUCCACCCCUUGGAUCCCACCCCAGAAAAACACCUGUUUGACACUACACAAGUUUCACAGUGGAGCAUUGACAGGCUAGGAAACAGUUCAGAUGGGGAGAGAAGUAGGGACAGUGUCAGUCUCAGAGGAAGUCCCAGGGGGAGUCCCAGGGGGAGUCACAGGGCCACUUACCAAAUCACAGAAGAUGAGAAAUUGGCACAAUCAAAUUACCUUGAAUUUGUUAGGAAGAAAUUUAAGAUAAAAGAAUGUGUGAACUUUGUUGUUAAAGAGGACAAACUCAAAAAACAGUCAGGACCUCCAAGGUGUCAUUGUGGAGAAACUAAGGAGAGGCAUUAUAGACAGACUAACCAAGAUGCUGGCCCAUCUAGCUCAAGCCAGGCUGGGCAAGAUGAUGAGUGGAAUCAGAAAAAUUGCAUCAAAGAAUUUCCAAUAAAUGCUUUUGGGAAGAUAGAGUUCCAGAGUAAUGGUAUGGGAUACAGCAAGCCUUCCAAGUAUAUGCGUGUGACAGAGGAGUGUGUAGAUGACACAUUACAAUUGUUGAUAGACCAGGAUAAAUGGAACAUGUUUGAGCCAUACAAACCCAGCCUAGUGAUAUCAGUGAUAGGAGGAGCUAAGAAUUUCAAGCUGGCCGGAAGGAAGAAAGAAGUAUUCAGUCGAGGCUUAGUGAAGGCUGCAAAAACCACUAAUGCAUGGAUAAUAACCUCAGGCUGUAACAUGGGUGUGAUGAAAGCUGUGGGGGAUGCAGUUAGAGAUGCCCAGACCUAUAACUGGGAUGCCAAGCAUGUGACCCACUCCAUUAGGUGUAUUGGCAUACCACCCUGGGGCUAUGUCAUGGACAGAGAUAGACUGGUGUCACAUGAUGGAAAGGGUUGCUUUCCAGCCAGAUACAAAUCCAGCACUCUAAUUCUGCAUGGUCAGCCAGUGUCUCUGAAUCCCAGCCACACCCACUUCCUCUUGGUGGACAACGGCUUGAGAAACACAUACAAUGUGGGGAAAUUUAGGGCUAUGUUGGAAAACAAAAUGCUGACCCCUGAGCCAGAUGGCCUUGGCUUGCCUGUAGUACUGUUAAUACUGGAAGGUGGUUAUGAUGCCCUUGUUGAUGCCAACCACUCCUUAGACCAGGGAAUUCCUGUGGUAGUGUGUGAAGGCACGGGGAGAGCAGCAGACAUUUUGGCCUUUGCUUUUAACCACCAAACAAGAACUAAAAGCGACAAGCAGUGUCUCUCCAAGAAAGCUGAGAGAAUGCUGAACGCAAAGAUCCGUGAAGCAUUUGGUGAUAACUGGAGAGGCAAGGCCACAAAGAAUGAGGAAGAUAAUUAUGUUGAGCAGCAAGUGAAGCACUUCUCAGAUAUGGUUCAAGCUUCUUGUCAGAAUGAAAAUCUAAUUACAAUAUUUGAUAUGAACAGAGAUGAAGCUCUGGACAGAGCUAUUUUGUCAGCAUUAUUAAAAGUCAAGGGGAACUCUGAUGAGAAGCAGAGGCUGGAACAGCUGACCUUGGCUAUCAAGUGGAACAGGAGUGACAUUGCUGAGGACAAAAUAUUUCUUAGUGACCGAAUUUGGUCUCAAGGCUGUCUAGAUGAAUUUAUGACCAUUGCACUGAAGAACAACCAGGUGGACUUUGUGGCUCUGAUGCUCCAGCAUGGUGUUUCUAUGAGUGAAUACUUGACAGUUGGAAGACUGGAGGAGUUAUACAGAGCGGGUUUAUCCAGUCAGUCCAAGUCUGCCCACAUGAAGGAGAUUCUGCAAAAGAAUGUAGGCCUCCAGGAAACAGACGUCUUGACCCUCAACCAGAUCAGCCUUCUUCUGAAGAAACUUGAAGUCAAACACGAUGCCUCCCAGUAUGUGGGUUCAGAUAUGCCAGAUGACCCCAUUAGACCCCAUAUAGUUUGUGAGGAUGUUCCUCCAAGUCAGGACACAUUUGAGAAACCUUUCAAGGAGUUAUUUUUGUGGGCUGUGUUUUUCAACAGACAAGAACUGGCCUUGUACCUGUGGGAGAGUGGUGAUGAUGCAGUGGUCACUGCCCUGGUGGGGAGUAUGCUAUAUGGGAAACUUGCUGAAAACACUGAUACCCGCAAUAAUGAACUGAAAGAUGCUUAUCUCAAAAACAAAGACACCUUUGAGAUUCUGGCAGAGAAUGUACUGGAGGAGUGUUAUAAUGCUGAUGAGGAGAAAGCUCUGCAGUUGAUAGACAGGCAUUAUACUGACUGGGGGCAACAGAACUGCCUGGAAGUGGCAGCAGCGGCUAACUGCAAGGCCUUCCUGUCAACAGAGUGUUGCCAAAACCAACUUAAUCAAAUGUGGAAAGGACAAGUGUUGUCAUCAAGCCUGAAGAUAUAUUUUGCAUUGGUGUUUCCUCCCAUAUUUUUCUCUGUCCGCUGGAAGAAAAAAGGUUUAAAAAUCCACGAAAAAAUCAUGCAGUUCUUUAAGUCACCAAUGGUGAAGUUCAGCAUCCAUCUGCUUUGGUACGUUUUCUUCCUGGUGGCCUAUUCAUACCUUAUAUUAUUUCAUUUGCGUGAAGAGAUCAGCACUCUGGAGAUUUUACUGAUAGGAUGGAUAAGCACCAUGAUAGUUGAGGAAUUGAGAGAGAUGACCUACUCCACCUCGGAGAGCGUUGGGGGUAAGCUGAUAGACUGGUGGAACUUCAGCGUAUGGAACCGCAUAGACAUCAUCCUCUGUGUUGUGGCCCUGGGGGGAUUUAUAUUCCGCAUGAUACCUGGCAUGUUAGACCAGAUUAAGCUGUUCUAUGCCAUGAACUGUGUGCUGUUUUAUCUUCGGUUCCUCAGGCUUUAUUCUGUCAGCAGUGUGCUGGGUCCAAAGUUGGUCAUGAUUAAGUUGAUGGUAAUUGAGCUGUCUAUCUUUGUGUGCAUCUUGAUAAUAGCCAUAAUGGGCUAUGGGGUGACCUAUCAGGCCCUCACAUUCCCUGCUAGAGAACCAUAUUGGGGUAUUCUGAAGGAUAUCUUCUACUAUCCAUAUUGGCAGAUAUAUGGAGAGCUGUUUCUGGAUGAGAUUGGACUUCAGGGUACCUUGCCUGGCUGUGAAGGGAACAGCACAGUGACACUGGAUGGGCACCCCUGCCCCAUCUUCCACAGCUUUGUGCCCAUACUGCUAGCAGUCUAUCUGCUUGUGGGCAAUGUACUGCUGCUGAAUCUUCUCAUUGCCAUCUUCAGUUUUGUGUUUGACAAAGUGCAGAAAAACUCCUUAGAGAUCUGGAAGUUUGAUAUGUAUUUCCUAGUGAUGGAAUACAUAGACAAGCCAGGCCUGCCUCCCCCUUUUAUCAUCAUAGAGCAUGUGUUGCUCUUAGUCAGGUUUAUAGUGAGGAAAACCUGUCAUAAAGUACAACCCAAGGUCAAUACUAAAACUCUUGAGCACCAGAGACGAAUGUUAGGAGCAUUUGAGAAGGACUCAGUGAAAAGUUACAUGAGGAAAACCAGGGAAAAGGCAGAACUGGAUCCCAGUAUGCUGACACUAGUAGUGAAAAGAAGGGUCGAUAAUAUUGCCAAGGCUAUAGAGGAAAUGCGGCUCUACUGGGCAGAGAGUCAAAGAGAUUUGGAGGAUUAUGAUCUCCCAAAUUCAGAUAACAUUUCCAUGGAUAAUUUUUCUGUAUCUUCUGAGGGUGCAUCUCACUGGAAAAGGACACUGAGGGAAAGAAAGCUCAUGGAGCAAGGAGUCAAUGCUUUUAGACAUUCGUUAACAUUACGUGAUAAGCAGGCAAACACAGAUGCUGAGGAUCAAAACAUCAGUAGGCUACCCCCAAUAGAGGAGGUUGAAACAAAAGAAAAGAAAAGGAAAAAGAAAAGAAAGGAGAGAGAAAAGAAGCGAGAAGAAAGACUGUCUUUGAGUGCAGAAGAAGAUGAAAAUGACAAAGAAAGGCCCAAAAAGCACCAACGCAGAAGGAAAAAAAUUGUUGAUGAAGCAGAUGGUGAGAAGUCUCAGGGAAAGCAUCGCCGUACGUCAAGCCGUUCUAAAUCACCAAACCCAACUUUCUUUGAAGAAUCAGCAGCCUCCCUUAUGGAGAAGGGACAAAUGGCAGAAGAAACAAGUUCAAAAUUCAUACCAGAUUCUGAGAAAGUUCUUAACAUAAGCCCAAGCUUUUCUGAUGACCGAUUACAAAUGCUGGAGGACAGAAUUUCAAAACUGGAAGAAAAAACUUCUUCAUCAUUAUCAAAUAUUGAAGACAUGUUACAAAAGCUGGUUUUCAGUAAAGAUGUAAGCUCUGUAAAAUGUUAAAACCUUUCAGAGAACUGUGAUAUUUGGUUGUGGAAAUAUUACAGCCUACUUUUGUAUUAAACUGUGUUUGUGUUCCUGUAAGUCACCCUGAGCUUCAGAGUGCUGUAAGUUGUCAGGUUAGUACAACUGUUUGAUUAUCAGUGUGUAAUAUAUAAAUAAUACAGUUGUAUUGUUAUACAAUUUGACAAAAGAAAGCUUACGCCUUUUACUCUAAGCAGCUUAUGUAAAGAUAUCAAAGGCACAAAAUUUAACAAAGUGCCAAUGUGCCAGAUUUUUCUUAUAAGCAGACAAUCAAAUAUUAGAUAUACUUUAUUUUUACUUUUUUAAACUUAGUUCAAAUGUGAUACAUUUUCUGAUAGUAAUAACGUGUUUUAACUAUCACAGAAUUACAUUUUAAAUUAUUUCAUGACUAUGUUUUAAGUAAGCGCAUAAUUAUGAAGGGGUUAACAUAGCAGUUUUCUCUGUACUCACUAGAUGUUACCCAUGUUAACCUUGAAAGGGUAUUACAAUUAUUAUUAUGUGACAUUUUACUGUUUCAUAGCCAUUUUCUUCAU